CCACUUUGGCGCUUUCUCUACCCCUUUGCUACGAGCCAAUUCUAUGUGAGGCCGGUUGUGUGCUUAUUUGACAGCCUCGUAAUGCUUACUUUCUGCUUUAAAUAGAUUUAAAGCGUUCAAAACAAUGUCGGAAGACGACUUAAGAGUACCGGAAGAGCUUUUCAAGGACGUGAAGUUCUACGUGGUGGGAGACAUUGAUCAGAUGGUUGUUCAACUCCUGAAAGCUGGGAAAGGAAAGGAAGUGUCUUACAAUGCCCUCGCCACACAUAUUAUAGCUGAAGAUGGAGACAAUCCAGAGGUUGGGGAGUCCAGAGAGGUCUUUGAUUUGCCAGUUGUGAAGCCAAGUUGGGUGAUACUCUCCGUAAAAUGUGGAGACCUGCUACCUGUUACAGGAUUUUCCCCAGAGUCAGGGCAAGUAUUCUUUGGUGUUACAGCUUGUCUGCCACACCUGUCAGAGGAUCUCAACACACUUUGGGCCUUUAUUACAUUUUAUGGAGGGGACUGUCAGCUCCACUUCAACAAGAAGUGCACCCAUCUGGUUGUGCCUGAACCAAAAGGGGCAAAGUAUGAGUGUGCUUUACGGCAUAGCAACAUUAAAAUAGUAACCCCGGAAUGGAUUUUGGACUCCGUAAAAGACAAGAACCGUAAGGAUGAGUCUCCAUAUCAUCCACGACUUACAUUAUACGAGUCACCAGAAGAAGAGGAUAGUGAGUAUGAAAAUGAGAGGAGCUCACGUUCUGGCGGCAGCUACAGCGAUAGACGCUCACCUCGCUCCAGCCCUACAUCGUCUCGUGAUGGUUCCCCAGCAGGCAGGCGUUUACCCCUACCUAAACCUGGGAAAUCAGAGUUGAUGUUCGAUGACUCUGAUGACUCGUCCCCAGAGAAGGAGGACCGAAACCUGAACUGGACACCAGCUGAGGUGCCACAGCCCGGCCCUGCCAAGCGUCGACUGCAGCCUGGCAAAGAAGCUGGUCUGAUCAAUCUCUGUGCCAAUGUUCCCCCUGUACCUGGAGGCUUUGGACCACCAGAUGCUCGAAUGGGUGGCACGGGUGCAGGUGUCUCUCUAGGGGCGGAGAGGUCAGAAAUAUUGGGAGGAUGGAAUCCAGCAGCCAGGACACUUCGGAACAUUACUAACAACACAGACACACAACAGGUCUCACGGCCUUCCAAUGUGGCACAUAUCCUCCAGAGUCUUUCAGCCACCUCUAAAGAUGUGGAGCACCUGGGAAAUCAAGGCCAGCCUGGUGUUCCCAACCAGAUUCUUUUUAAUCCAGUUAAGACCCAGCAGCAAAUACCACCUGAAGCACAGCAGCAAUUAUUGCAGCAGCAACAGUCGCAUCCACUACCACAACAACAGCAUGCACAACAGAUGGGACAACAGCAUCCAAUAAUGCAUCUUCAGCCACAGGUCAUGCAGAUGCACAACCAUCAGCAGCCACAGCAGCAACAGCAACCACCACAACAGCAGCCACAGCAAGGCUUCCCUCAAAUGCCUCCGCAAUCUCAUCAGUUCUUACAGCAGCAGAUGCAUCAGCAGAUGUAUGCACAACAACAGCAGCAACAUGCAUUUCCACAGCAACAAAUGCGACCGCAGCAGCUCCCAAGACCACCCUUACAGCCACAACAUGCAUUGCAGCAGCAGUUGCAACAGUUACAACAGCAGCAUAGGCUCCAAUUGCAGUUACAGCAGCAACAGCAGCAGCAACAGCAGCAGCAGCAGCAACAACAGCAGCAGCAGCAACAACAGCAGCAGCAGCAACAGCAGCAGCAGCAACAACAGCAGCAGCAGCAACAGCAAAACCAGCAGCAACAGCAAAACCAGCAGCAGAUGCACCAACAGCAUUUGCAGCAGCAACAGCAUUUCCUACAACAGCAGCAUGUGCAACAACUGCAACAGAUGCAGCAGCAGCAGCAUUUGCAAAACCAGCAGCCAGUGCAGCAUCAGAACCAGCAAGUUCCUCAACAUCAGACCAAGACUACAUUGCAACUUCCACUGAUUCCUGCACAGCCACACCAACUGUUUGGGCACGAGCCAGGCCAAGAGAUCCCUGAGGAUGGAUUCCUUGUUGGCUGUGUCUUUGCAAUUGCUGACUAUCCAGAGCAGAUGGCUGAUAAACAGUUACUGGCUACAUGGAAAAGAAUCCUUCAGGCAUAUGGAGGGACUGUGGACUCCACUCUUAGUCACUGCACUCAUUUACUUUGUGAGAGUCAAGUCAGCAACAUGUAUGUCCAGGCUCUAAGAGAGGGCAAGCGUUGUGUGACGGCUCACUGGCUUAACACUGUUCUAAAGAAGAAGAGGAUGGUCCCACCUCACAGGACCCUUCAUCUUCCCUUCAACUUCCCUCCAGGGGCCAAGCCCUGCUCACAGCAUAUUAUUUCUGUGACGGGAUUCGUAGACAGUGAUCGUGACGAUUUGAAGCUUAUGGCCUAUCUAGCAGGAGCCCGAUACACAGGAUAUCUGUGUCGAAGCAACACUGUGCUCAUCUGUAAAGAACCAAGUGGGCUGAAAUAUGAGAAGGCAAAGGAGUGGAGGAUCCCAUGUGUAAACGCCCAAUGGCUGUGUGACAUCCUUCUAGGGAACUUUGAAGCUCUGCGGCAAAUUCAGCACAGCAGAUACUCUCAGUUUAAUUUGCCUGAUCCACUUGCACCCAACCCACAUCUUGUGCACAAUCUUCUGAGUGCCUGGCGCACUCCUGUGAAGAUCUCACCGGAGGCAUUGGCGAGCUUUCGUCUGCAGCAGAAACAGAAACCGAAUGAUGCUGUCCCGCAGCCGCCCAACAAGAAGCUCAAGCUUGAAGAGUUGCCAAAACCUACUAAAAAGCUUCCACUUGAGUCCACCCCUUACGUGCUUUUCACAGGUUUUGAACCCUUGCAGUCUCAGCAGUACAUUAAGAAAUUGUAUGAUCUUGGAGGGGAAGUGGCUGAAAGCAAUCAAAAGUGCACUCAUCUGGUGGCUAACAAAGUGACGAGAACGGUGAAGUUCCUCACAGCCAUUUCGGUAGUUAAGCACAUAGUCACCUCAGAGUGGCUGGAGGAAAGCUGGAAAAGCCAGAAAUUUAUGGACGAGCAGAACUAUAUGCUGCGAGAUGCAGAAGCAGAGGUGCUAUUCUGUUUCAGUCUCGAGGAGUCACUGAAGAAAGCUCAUGCAGCAACACUCUUCAAGGGAAAGUAUUUCUAUAUAACUCCAGGAAUCUGUCCGAGCCUCAGCACAAUGAAAAUUAUAGUGGAGAGUGCCGGAGGGAAAGUGCUCUCCAAGCAGCCCUCCUUCCGCAAGAUCAUGGAGCACAAGCAAAACAAGAAUUUACCAGAGAUCAUUCUAAUAUCCUGUGAGAAUGACCUGCAUCUGUGCCGAGACUACUUUGUGAAAAACAUUGCAAUUUUCAGGUGUGAGCUUCAUUUACAUAAUCGCUGGCCAGGUGGAUUGAGACAAAGCACACAUUAGCGUCUACCAGCGGAGGUCGUAAAUCUCUUGACUGUCGGGACCCCCUGCUGAGUUAAUGGGUCCAGCAACAGGAAAAAUGAAACCAACAUGACUGAAAAAUAUCGUUCUGUCACCCCUCCACCAUUCUUAAUCUGCUAGUGUGUCAAACCUCUGACUGAAGUGAGCGAGAUCUCUCUAAAACAGUCUGCAUGUGUUACACUCUCGAUCAAAAUAGUGUUUUGAGUUCGCUAGUGUGACGCCAGUUUAAGGAAAGAUCAUGGGAGUGUGUGUGUGUGUGUGUGUGUGUGUGUGUGUGUGUGUGUGUGUGUGUGUGUGUGUGUGUGUGUGUGUUUCGUAGACAAUUUUGACAUUUUUAUUCUUUGAGUUUUUUCCUGACUAAAAUAAAUCUUAACCCUCCAUUUGUCUUUUUGUAUUUUAGAUGUGCACAAUGCGGAGCUCAUAUUGACGGGUGUGUUGACUCAGACCUUGGAUUAUGAA